AUUUUUACAGAUCACUGAAAAUGACAAACACCAGUGACAUGAUGGCAGACUUUUCAGGUAAGUUGAGCAUUUUUUGCAUAAGCUAAUUUCGUCUUUAUUUCUUUAAUUACUUCGAAUUGAUAUAUUUCAUUUUUUUUUUUUUUACUUUUAAUGGAUAUAUUUGUUUCUUGUGUGUUUGAUUAGAACCCAUCUCAUUGUCGCAUGUGCUCAUUUAGUUUUUAGUCGUGGGGCUAAAUUUAAAUUGUGCUAAUUUUUUUUUUGGUGUCAACCGUACUUUGGUGAGAUCCAAAAGUUAUUGCCCCAAAACUUGACUUGCUACACAUCUACAGAUCAAAUCAUCAUAAUUACCAGCAGCUUUAAGCACGUCGAACAUUCCCUUAGAGUAUUCUAAGUGUAUACUUCACAGGUGUAAAUUGUUAUUUUCAACCGUAGCGUUUUGAAGUGCGUUCGAUUGAAUGCCGUUGAAAGUGGAAAUGUAGCAAGAAUGGAAAUAGCCACCAAAAGACACCGUCAAAUACUGUUCAUUUAAAAAAUAAACAUUUGUUUUAUCAACGCACAUUUAGCGUUUGCGCUGCUACAGGGCUGUAUGCAGAUCUGAAUAUAAAGUGAUGACGUAUUGAGAAUAAAGAGAUGACGUACUGAGUAUAAAUGGAUGACGUGCUUAGUAUAAAGUGAUGACGUACUGAGUAAAAAGUGAUGAAGCACUGAGUAUAAAGUGAUGACACACUGAGGAUAAAGGGAUGACGUACUGAGCAUAAAAUGAUGACGUACUGAGUAUAAAGCGAUGACGUACUGAGCAUAAAAUGAGGACGUACUGAGUAUAAAGUGAUUCAUUUGUUUCUCUUUUUUUUUUUUUUUGGUGGGUGUUUGUGUAGGAGUAAACUAUUUUUGGAGUAGUAAACAUUUAAAAUACAACUAACUUUUUAAGUACGGAUUGCUAUGAUAGCGUUUGUUAAUUUUUAUUUUCGUAAACAUUCAAUUCACCAUUAGCGCUAUGUCCUAUAAUGAUCUAUUCUUCUAAACCUAACACACGGUAUUGUUAAGUUAUGGGGCAAUUUUGAAUCCUGCUGCUCAUUUCUUACUGGAACGGGGACUUUUUUUUAGUUGUAACACACAAUUCUGAAUUUUUUUUUUUUUUUGGUAAAAUCUACGUUUGCUAUUUUAAACAAAAAACCAACGUCCUUAAACGAGUGCUUCCAUUCCCGUAGACAGGCGUACGUUUUAUUGCGCUGGUGCCCGGGAUGGGGGGGGGGGUGUCAAGGAAUAGCUGCUGUAUGAUAUAGGUAUGGGAGGGGAUGAAUUAGCAGCCAUAUACGAAGUGGAACGUGAGGCAUAAAAGGCCCUGCAUGAAUUUGAGUGCCCAGACUUGCGGGAUGCCCAGAACGCCCAAUAGAUAUGGACCAUUAAAAACACAUGCGCUUUUCAUCACUCCAAUAUAUUUCAGGCACUACAGAAAAGCUCCUAUCUAUUUCACCAGCCAUGACCUGUGAGUUGUUUUUUUUUUUAAAUUGUAUAUCAUAUCAGUUUAAUUAUACUUGAAUAGAGGAGUGGGGGGGGGGGAAUCUCAUUGUUUCCCACUCAAAAAUAAAAUAGGUUUAAAAAUGAUUCCGCCUGUCAUUAAAUUCAUUUGGUAACUUGUUUAAUGCAUUACAGGGGUGGGAGUGGUGUAAUAUUAUGAAUUAAUAUUUGUUAAUUAAUUAUCGAUCUCCUUAAAAUUCCCUGUCUUCUUGUUUAGUAUAUUUCUAACAUUUCUCUAUAAAGUGGUCGCGGGGCUUGUGCCGGCCGUUCCAGCUAAAACGUAUCUAACCCCGCCAAACGCUCAAUAAACACUGAUUUCACCUCUGACAACUCCAUGAGCAGUUACAUCAGGAGCAAUGAUAAAUGCUUCACUGUGCCUUGGCGUAGCACAGUCCAAUAUAAACAAUCAUUCUUCCCACGAACAAUAAUUGCUUGGAGCCAACUGGACAAUGCCGCCUUGGACUCGACAUCAAUCGAGAGUUUCAAGGCUGCUCUGGCACCCGCUAGGAGCCGUUAGGAUGGCCGCAUCUUUUCCCAAACCGCUGCACAUACGCCAGUACUUGGUUGCAGCAACGUAGUCUAUCAAAAUCAGAAUAAUCUUGUAUUCCUUUAGCAACCUCUAUAUAUUUUGCCUCUGGUGUGUCCUGCUAUUGGUCUAUUGUUAAAGGCCGGCAGGUAGGAUGUAGGACUUCCGUAGGCCUGUUAUUUAAAAGGCUGGUAGGUAGGGUGUAGGACUUCCGUAGGCCUGUUAUUUAAAGGCUGGUAGGUAAGGUGUAGGAAUUCUGUAGGCUUAUUGUUUAGAGGCCAGCAUGUAGGUUGUAGGACUGUCCGUGGGCCUAUUGUUUAAAAGCCGGAAAAUAUUAUAGAAAAUGAGAAGGUAGCUCUUUUUUUUUCAACACAUGGCCUCAUCUGGAAUUUUCUCAAAAUACCCGGACCCGGUGUAAAAAAAUCUGCACCCGGUUAAGCCCUAGCAUACUAUAUUUUUUAUUCUACUUUUUAGUCUACUCAAUUCUUGUAUAUUUUCAUCUCCAGAUUUCAAUUCCGCGUCCAAUUACCAGAGUUUGGUGACGUCAUCAAAACUUUCCAUCUCAAGCAUGUCCCCAGCAAAUGUAUUUGCAACAACAACUGCAAAAGUUUGUUCAACUUUGAUCGACGCUAAAUGUUAUCCUUUAGUUAUGGGUAAGUAACAUAUGCCAUAGCUUCAAAUCAAAUAUCUACAUCUAACUAUUGUAUUCUGGGUGAGUAGCAUUCUUUUGGGAUAGUUGGCUGAGGAUGUUGAAGUUUGGCUGAGGAUGCUGAUUUUGUUCCUUACCUUACAAACCACGGAUCUUUGUGGGUCAUGGGCAAUCAGGCUUUGCGUUAACCAUAACAUUGUUCAAAUUAAAAGAUGUCUAUGCAAGCAGGUCUCUGCACGCGGACGCGUUAAGAAAUGCACACACAUCGCUCAGAUAGUUACAGUUGAGUUUCUACCUAGUUUGGAUUGGCUGACACAUCCCUUUUACACUUUGCAGUAAAUAAACAAAAAAUAAUGGGUCUACAGUGUUACAAGACCCAGUUAAGUAAUCAAUGCAUGCAUUUCCCUAACCCAGUUGUCGGCAAAUCUUGGCUCGCGAUCCGCAUGCGGCCUUUUAGUGACCUGAGUGCGGCUCUUUAGUGACCUGAGUGCUGCUCUUGAUAGUGACCUGAGCGCGGCUCUUUAGUGACCUGAGUGCGGCUCUUUAUAGUGACCUGAGCGCGGCUCUUUAGUGACCUGAGUGCGGCUCUUUAGUGACCUGAGUGCGGCUCUUUAGUGACCUGAGCGCGGCUCUUUAGUGACCUGAGCGCGGCUCUUUAGUGACCUGAGUGCGGCUCUUUAGUGACCUGAGUGCGGCUCUUUAGUGACCUGAGUGCGGCUCUUUAGUGACCUGAGUGCGGCUCUUUAGUGACCUGAGUGCGGCUCUUUAGUGACCUGAGUGCGGUUCUUUAGUGACCUGAGUGCGGCUCUAUAGUGACCUGAGCGCGGCUCUUUAUAGUGACCUGAGCGCGGCUCUUUAGUGACCUGAGCGCGGCUCGGCCAGUCGGCCGCAAAUCGGGUUCGACUCCAAAAAUCAUGGUUCUUGACAGGUUCUUGAAAAGAAAUUCGGCUCUCAAUUUUUUUUAAAAAUCGUCCUGCUGUUGAUUUUUGGCUCUUUUGACUAAUGAGUUUUUAGACCACUGGUCUCACCCAUGUUAUAUACAGAUACCAGACAAUAUUCCCAGAAGUGCUCUGGUUUGUCUUCGGACAAAAAACUUCCAAAGCGUUAUCUGUGUCGACGUAAACUCAGCGCGCUGUGUCAAAAACACUCCACGAAAAUAUAUUUAAAAAAAAAUAAAUAAAUACAUAAGUUCUCCUAUAAAAAGCCAGAUUUGUAAUAACUGUUGUAAACAUUGAGUUUUAUCAGAUAAAUCAGAUUAAUUUUAUCAGAUAAACAGUUAGGCUAUAAAUUAAAAAUUUCUUUCAUCAUAAUCGGUUGAAAAUUUUAAAAGAUAUAGUCAAUGUUCCCUUUAAGCUGCACGGCUGCGCGAUUGCGCAGCUAUCUCACAGACGCCGCGCAGCAGUCUUGAGUACCGUGCAGCAAAUUUCCAUAUGUUUGUUUGUGUUUGUGGGCUGUAAAAUUUUGCAAAAAAAAAAAAAUUGAUUCUGUAAAACUUUGCACACAACUGUAUGAUUUUGCACACGAACCAACAAACCUUAGAGGGUACAUUGGAUAUAGUGUAUGCAUAUCAGGAAAAUGAAUUUAGUGUCUAUGACUCCUAUCUGAAAGAGCUGCUGACGCCUUAUGUACCCACUAGACAACUCCGCUCAUCCAACAGUGGCAAACUCUCGACACCACGUGUUCGCCUUGAGACUUGUGGAAAGUGCAGGGUCGCAUUUGCUGGUCCAACAAUUUGGAACGCCCUUCCAGUCGAUCUCCGAAACAAUCAGACACUGGAGUCCUUUAAAACUGAUUUAAAGACACAUCUAUUUCGCAAACACCUUCUGGGAUGAUUGUCUACCAUAUUUUCCAUUUACUGCAUAUUGGCUGUGUUGCUUAGUAUUGAAAUGGAUAGAAAAACUUUGACUUGGUAUGCUUGUAAUUAGUUUUUGUAGUGUUGCGUUUGUUUUAAAUGUGGUAAAUUAUAGAUUUUUUACUCUUGUACCGCGCUUUGAGCCUUUGGGGAUGAAGCGUGUUUUUGAAAUACACUUUAUUAUUAUUAUUAUUAUUAUUAUCAUAAUAUAUUAUUAUGAGUUCAAAAUCCAAAAGUUUUGUCAUAUAUUUUCAAGUGCAUUGUACAUUGUUUGCUCUAAACAGCUCGAAAUGUAUGGUGGGCCGUAGUAUUUUUAUUUGACUUAUUAUUUUCCUUAUAUUUAAAUAUAGCUCAUAUUUAAAAAAAAGAAGAAAAUUCAGUUCAUUAACCCUGAAAAUUAUAGUUUAAAAAAAAUGUCAAACCACUGGAUAAUGAAGUGAAAGAACCAAGUAACCAAGUUUGCUCAAUAUCCAUUAACCCAUGCAGAAAUGUAUGUGGUACAAAAGGACAUUAGUCUCAUUUACAUAACAGAUCAAUAUUAUACCCGAACAAAAGGCCGAUGGACAUUUGAAAUAUUAAAGAGCGAUUAGAAAAAAUAAUUAAGACACACAACUAAAAUCAUCAUUUGCAUAUUAAUGAGCACCGGGAAUGACGUCUUCCGGUGUUUCAUCAUUUACCCCCCUAGGAUGUUAUCCAAUUUCAAUAUGGCUGGAUUCGGUCAAGUUUUUAGCUGUAACACUCCAUUCAAUAUGAAAAAACAUUUUUUGUUUUAUUUUUUACCCUUUGUCCUCCAAAUUUUAAUAUUUAAUAAUUUUCAUCUUUUGAGAUAAAGGGAUUGUGACCAAACUUUCCAGGGAUUAUGUAGGUCAGGAGGAAUGAUCACGUCGAACUUGGUUGCGAUCCAUUGUUUAGGUUCUUAUGAUCGAUCAAUCUAUAUACAAACAUGGUAGCACUCUCUACAUCAGAAGUACUCACACUAGACCCACACUUCACAGGCAUGAAGUUGAUCGUUUGUAGAAUAAUACACUUGAACUUACAUACCCUUUAAUCUGUUAGUUUCCCAUCAAACUUAACAGUUAUUGAAAUAGACCGUUCCCCUAUGCGAUGGUUGAGAUCAUGGGCGCCCGCAGGGGGGGGCAAUGGGGGCAUUUGCAUACCCUGGAUUGAUUGGAUAAAAAUUUUUUAGACAAAAUUAGACAAAAAAUUUAUUAAAGUAAAGAGAAAAUAAAGAGAAAGUAACUAAGCUGAUGUCCUGACCGUUCGUUCACCAUACAAAUACGCUACGGUAAAUUAAAACUAUAUUAAAACAUUAUUAAAAUUUUUUUGCCCCCCCCCUGGAAAGUUGAUCGAUUUUUUUUGCCGCCCCCCAUAGAAAGUUUUCUGCGGGCGCCCAUGGUUGAGAUAUAAUUAUACCCCCCCCCCAACAACAAAAAAUUAAUAAAAAAAAAUUUUUUGAGACUUCUGGGAUCCACCAAAAUAUUGACAAAUCCAUUGAAACUUAAAGUUUCAUCUUCGUAAAAUGUUUUUUCAAGUUAAACAAAGGUCUCUUUGUCAAGUUUCUUAAUAUGCAUGAUUUUAAAUGUUGUACAAAUGGAAUACCCCCCUCCCCCCAAAUACACAGACACCCACAGAAGACCAAAUUUAAAUUAAAACCAUGUCACUGUUACGUCACCUUUCAGCCGCAUACUACUUCACGAUGUACGGAACCUACCUUUCUUUCGCCGUGGGGAUUCCCGGCAGCUUCAUCACCACCAUCAUCCUGCUGCGCAUGAAACCAUUCAACUCUUCCAUCCUUUGGCUCAUCUCCCUGAACUGUACAGGUGAGAGCAUCAAGCUAUUUUAGACAAAACUUGUUUGCUCAAAGGGGACUAUACGACAAAUUUAGUGUUUACUGGGGAUUUAGGGCUGGGGGGCGGGGGGAUAGGAGAAUCACCAUCAGGGCCGUGUUAAGAAUAUAGGAGGCCCUGGGAACAGCAAUACACUGGGGCCCGUAACAACACAACACACCAGGGUCGUGAGGAGGGGGGGUGGGCGAAAGGGGCACUUGCCGAAUGGUCAAACAGUGGGGGGAAGGGGGCGCAAACAGUUUUUGCUCCCCACCAACUCGCUAAAAAGAAUAAAAUUGUAAAAUAAAAAUUAACAAUAAAGUUAAACAUAGAUUAAUUCGAUUUAAGGAUACAAAAAACGAAAUCGUUCCAAAUCAAUAAUAGUUUUAAAACUUUAACAGAAAAAAAAAAUUAUAAUUAAUCGCAGAUGAUGAUAAAUUACAAGGAUCUCCAUUUUCUUACUUCGUCCUUCUGCCUCACGCCUCGUUUUCAGUUCCUGAUCAGUGUCAGCUGAUAUAGAAUCCAGCGCAUCUUGAGUAUUUUUCUAAAUCAUUGACGGCAUCAUAAUGUACUGACCAUCUUGUGUCAGACAGAUGCUUUACGACAACGAGAGAUUUUCCUAAGGAAGAUACCAGAACAUUCCAUCGAUGUGAAGAGGCUGAGGAAAAGGGAAAAUAGGCGCUGAAUAUGUCAAAUAUUUUUCCUACUUGUAGACAACACUCUGCAGCUUUUAAGCCCACUAAGUUCUGGCUGUGUCCAGCACAAGGGACAUACACGGCAAACUCGUUCAGUUGAAGGAUCCGUGCUUGCAAUCCAGUGUAGCGUCCAGAAAUAUUUGAAACAUUGUCAUAUACAGAUUGACCACGGCGGUUAAAAAUUUUCUCAUUUAGGAAAUCCAAACAGUGUAUGUUUGAUCAUUGGCUCCAUGGUAAAAUAAGGAAUUAACUUGAUAAAACAUUCCACAGGUUUACAUUCUGGAAUGUACCGGACCAUAAAUGUCAGUUGAUCAAUGUGAGAAAUGUCUGAAGUGGAAUAUACACGCUUGUUGAAUAAUACUUUGACUUUUUACUUUCUUACAAAAUAGCACAAAGGACAUGUUGCAUCAUUAAAUCAAUAAAUUCUUUACAAAUAUUUGCCAACAGAUAUGGUUCGUUGCCCUUUCCAACAUUUCCAUAUGGUUUGAGAUGAUCUUCCAAAAAAAAAAAAAAGGUCUAUUUCACUCAACAAUUCUAAAAUACCAAAACAAUUUCUUUGUUUACUGACCCAAUAGUUUGAUUCUCUCCACGAUUUGCUAAACCUCUGGAGGCAAGAAAGCGAACGACAGAAACCACACGAGCUGAACUUUAUUCCAGUACUUCUGUUCUGACAGAUGAUGAUUGAUUAAUGAAGGAUCUAAACACCCAGUUUCUUUGCGCCGAGGCAAAUAUGACGUCAUAUUCUAUCAAUGCUUCCUGUCCAUUCUCAUAUUCUACAAUAAGACUGCUAUGGUUCCAGUCAUUGAAUCCUGAUGUAGCAAAGGCAGAUUCAUUUUUGGACAAUAGACGGCACGCACAACAAUACAAACAACCCUGGGAUGGUGAGGGAAGCCAUUCACGUUUGACACACUCGCCAUUCCGUAAUUCACGUUUGAACAUAUUUGUUAAUGAAAAUACCUUGUCUUAGUUCUUUUUUUUCUCCAACUCGAGGGUGCUCUCUGCCUGAGUUUGAAAGGUUGCAGUCAUGAUUCUGACACCAUGAUGGCCCACUGCGAAUCCAGUACUCAACUGUACAAGUGUUCUUAAUAUUAGCACGGCAUCCUUGUCGCGAAUCACACUCUCGUUUUCCGACACAGCUUUGUUUGUUUCAGUUUUUGGAGUUUUUUUCCCUUCAAUUUCUGCAAUUUCCCCAGCAGGUGAAAUUGGUAAUGGUAUGUCUGGAACAGGAUGGCUGCAUACAAUAGUGGAUGUAGAUGAAGCUACUUUAUUUUGAUGAGCAAUUCUAGUAUCUGAUAUUUUGACAGAAUUUAACUAAGAAGUUAAUUUUGCAAGUUUACCCGUUUUCCUUAUCUCCACUGCAACUCUUUUUCUCUUCUGUGCUCCAAUCAUAAAACUACUUUUUUAAAAUUUCCGCUUAAAGGGUUAUACAACUAGAAACAUAUUCAUUUGUUACAAAUAUGUAUAUUGUAAUAACGCGAUCCGUUCAAAGGAAAAUGAAAUUCACCUUUAAACAGUGAGUACAAAUUAUGUCUAAAUGUAUUUAUAUAUCUGCCUUCACCUCAGACAUACGGUACCACUGUUGGGUUCUAUUUAUCAUCUAAAUAUGUUUUUCUUACAAAAAAAAAACAUUUUUUCAGUUUAGGAAAUAUAAAGCUAAUUGUUUAAAAAAAAAAAAUACAUUUCCUUUUAAAAAGAAUUAUUCAUUGGUUAACUACAAAUUCCUUAAUUUCUAAUUAAAUUCAGUAGUCAUUUAAAUAGUGCUUGGAUUGACUAUUCUCCACUAAUUUCACUACUGAGCAGUGGCGUAUCCAGGGUUAUUACCGCCCAAUUGACCGAUUAUGACCGAUUGUUAUUUUAAUGUAAACAAAUUUGGUUAAAUGUGUUGAUAAUGUGUUGGAGAGUAAUUCAAUAUUUUUUUAAAAUAUGGUACAUUAGUAUAGAUAUUUUUGGUUUGUGACGAGAUUUGAAUUAGCCCUAAUAAUUUGUUAAAAGUUUUACUUACACUUAGCCUGAAAUUGUUUGUUAAUUACCCAAGCUUAAUCAGUAUAAACACUACUGCUCUAAUUCCAUUUAAUGGGAUUCCUAGAAAUGUUUGUUCAAAAUCUGUCCUAUAGAUUUCAAGAAAUGUUUGUACAAACUCUAUCCUAUAGCUUUCCUAGAAAUUUUUGUACAAUCUCUUUCCCAUAGAUUUCGCAAGAAUGUCACAUGUAUUGACUUGACAUAAAAUCCCCCCCCCCCCAAUUCUUUAACCACAGAUUGCCUGAAUCUGACAAUUAGACUGAUCAUCAAUUUAACGGAGAACAACGGAAUCCCGUUCAGUGACUGGAGCUGUAAGCUGUUCAACAUCAUGGCCGAGACGCUUGAGUUCUCAGCCUACUAUUACGUGGUGGGGCUCACGGUUGAGAGGUUCAUAGCUGUUUGGUUUCCUCUGAAGAUGAGCAUCUGGUGCACCAAGCAGAGGGCAGGUGGGUUGAACCAGCAGUAACGGUAUUUUCUUUAACUCGCCUUAUCAUUUCUCAUAUUUGAUAUAUAAAGUAUAUCGACUCUGGCCUGUAAGUAUCUAACUCUGGCCUGCACGUAUAUAGCUCUGGCCUGUAAGUAUAUCAACUUUAGCCUGUAAGUAUAUCAACUAUAGCCUGUAAGUAUAUCAACUCUGGCCUGUAAGUAUAUCAACUCUGGCCUGUAAGUAUAUCAACUCUGGCCUGUAAGUAUAUCAACUCUGGCCUGUAAGUAUAUCGACUCUGGACUGUAAUUAUAUCAACUCUGGCCUGUAAGUAUAUCAACUCUGAACUGUAAGUAUAUCAACUCUGGCCUGUAAGUAUAUCAACUCUGGCCUGUAAGUAUAUCAACUCUGGCCUGUAAGUAUAUCAACUCUGGCCUGUAAGUAUAUCAACUCUGGCCUGUAAGUAUAUCAACUCUGGCCUGUAAGUAUAUCAACUCUGGCCUGUAAGUAUAUCAACUCUGGCCUGUAAGUAUAUCAACUCUGGCCUGUAAGUAUAUCAACUCUGGACUGUAAGUAUAUCAACUCUGGCCUGUAAGCAUAUCAACUCUGGCCUGUAAGUAUAUCAACUCUGGCCUGUAAGUAUAUCAACUCUGGCCUGUAAGUAUAUCAACUCUGGCCUGUAAGUAUAUCAAUUCUGGCCUGUAAGUAUAUCAACAGUUUUGAUAAUACCAUCUAGCUUGAUAACACUGUUUUAGUUUUUUUUUACUUUCGUUCUACUGGUGUUUCCAUCUUAUAGGUGGAGCACAAUGUUUUUGUGUAUACACGUGACAUUUUCGCUCAGUUGAUAGUUGUCUCGUGGCCACCUGAAAGGUGUUGAUCGUCUGGCUGAAACUGAGUCGUGUCAACAUCGCGUCUACGUUGUCCAGUGAAAAGUGGUAGGCGCGUCAAUAUUAGAGCUGUAGGAAUUUGGGGGUUUAAAAAGAAGUCAAUAAUGUUUUUGUUUUUUUAUCGAUUAUAUUUAGAUUAAAAUUUUACUACUAAAAAGUAUACAAAUAAAUAUUUAAAAAAGAAACUCUUUUUUCUAAAGACUUGCGAGCAAACACAAGUUUAAACGCAGAAAUAAAAAGCAGAAAAUAAUAUAAUUUUCUUAAAAUGCAUUUCGCAAAGUAAGGCUGUGGAAAAAAAGAUUUUUAAAAAAUCAUUUAAGAUUGUCAAUAUUUAAUUCGAUGCAUUGGCUUCUUAGAGUGCCUUACUGUAAUUAUCAUUGCUGAAUAAUAAUGGUAUUACUUGCAGUUAUUGCUUAUCGUAUUUAUUCACAUUUUAUAGACGUCCUUGAUUAUCUAAAAAAGCACGAGGGGCAGAAAUUUGCAUCACACAUUUAUUAACUGAAUAAUGUACACAACAUGAAAUAAUAUCUCCAUAAAGCAGAGCAAAUAUAAUUGUCAUAACUUCUUCCCCUUUACAUUUGUUGAAUCAACAUUGAGAUGAUGUUUGAUAUAAAAGUAAUCAUGGCAAGGGCCAAUAAUGAAAAUACACAGACUGCCAUUCGUCCACCUGCUUCUCUGCCCAUGACAUACCUUAAUUAACUUCCUGUUCCUUCUAACUCAUAAAAACAAUACCUUUUUCCGAAACAAAUUUAUAAUCUAAAUAUUUGAUCUGUGACACUUACCAUGGUUUCAUAGAGUGCCUUACUAAGGCUUCUUAAAGAGGCUUACUGUGGCUUCAAAGAUUGCCUUACAAUGGCUUCAUAGAGAGCCUUGCUAUGACUUAAUAGAGUGCCUUAAAAUGGCCUCUAGAGUGCCUUACAACGGCUUCAUAGAGUUACCUACUUACUACGGCUUGAUAGAGUGACUUGCAAUGGCUUUAUAGAGUGCCUUACUUACUAUGGCUUAAUAGAGUGCCUUACUAUGGCUUCAUAGAUUGCGUUAAUGAUACGCAAUGCUAUCUAUAUGGAGAAACGUAUCUCUUUUUUAAUUAAAUGGCUCGUUCCAAAACAGUACAUAACAAAAGACGAUAGAAAAUGAUAAAAACAAUAACAGAGAAAUACGAUACUGAAACAGGGCUAAUUACAUUUAAUAUGCUUUAUUAAGUUACUAAUAAAUUACAAAAUAAAUCAUUAACUUACAGAGCACUGUUUUGCUUGUACCGGUACGCAGUUGAUGAUAAUAUAAUGUGCCAAAAAAUACAACGAUGAAUAGGAAUUCAAACAUAUUCGUAAAAAAAACUCUAGCAACAAUGGCACACUCUAAAAAUAACUCUCAUCUGUCGUCCCGUAAAGUAAAAUAUCUCGUGGUAAAUGCUCUCCGAAAAAUCUACCGUUUCCGCUGUUAUAGUCUAUUCUACUGAUGCACCAUGAACUGCCUUAUACACUUUACUCCAUUCCAGUUUUCUCCAGAAUUUUCUAAAGCUAGUUUGGUGUCUGCUAGAGUUCACAGUACGGGGAAAUAUGACGUAAACACGUCGUCCACAUAACAGUUACUUUGGCUUCAUAGGGUGCCUUAAAAAGACUUCAAAGAGUGCCUUACCAUGACUUCAUAGAGUGCCUUUCCAUGACUUCAUAGAGUGCCUUACCAUGACUUCAUAGAGUGCCUUACCAUGGUUUCAUAUAAUAUAUAGCUUUACUUCCCUGCUGCAGGAGACUAAAAAUGUGUAGUUUUUGCAUUUGUCUUCUCUUUGUUUCAACUCCACAAAUCUGAAAUAAUCGUAAACCCGGGUACAAGUUUUUCUCACUUUUUGUUUCCUAUUUCCCCAGUGGUGGGCAUCUUGUCAGUGCUCACCGCCUGUCUCUGCCAAUCCCUCUACAUUGUUGAGGUGUACAGGGUGAACGUCUACAGUUGGUGUGUCAUGAGAGUGAAAUAUUUGGGAUUCUGGGGAAUGUAUGUCAUUUGUUACGCCUUGGAUAACAUUUAAGAUAUACAUAUUUCUUUUUCCCAUCCUAGUGAUAUUUAAAUACACACGUUAAAUAUAUGUACAUUUUAUAUUAGUCCCUAUUUCAUUACAUCAGAUUAUAUUCAUUACAUAAGAUAUUUAGUUAAAUCAGAUUUUAUUUCAUUACAUCAGAUAAAUUAUACACUAAAUCAGUUUAUGUUUCAUUGCAUCAGAUUAUAUUUCAUUACAUCAGAUUAUAUUUCAUUACAUCAGAUUACAUUUCCUUACAUCAGAUUACAUUUCGUUACAUCAGAUUAUAUUUCAUUACAUCAGAUUAUAUUUCAUUACAUCAGAUUACAUUUCGUUACAUCAGAUUAUAUUUCAUUACAUCAGAUUAUAUUUCAUUACAUCAGAUUACAUUUCGUUACAUCAGAUUAUAUUUCAUUACAUCAGAUUACAUUUCCUUACAUCAGAUUAAAUUUCGUUACAUCAGAUUAUAUUUCAUUAAAUCAGAUUUUAUGUCAUUAAGUUAUUUUUAAUCUUUCACACAAGAGAGAGUUUAGACCAAAAGUCCUUGAUCUAGAAACAAGGGAUGCACAAACACCUCCCCAUUAUUACCUCCCCAUCCCCUACACACACAGACACACACAAAGACGUUUACAAAUUAAUCAUCUAUUUACCCCCAAAAUCCUAAUCACUAACCAGCACAUGUAAUUCCCCCCCCCCCCCCAACCCCAGCACUUACCAACACCAGAUCCAGCCAACUCUCAUGAUGCUCAUCCCCAUCGUCAGCCUGGCCGUGCUGAACGCUUUGAUCGUCAGGCGGCUGGACCAAGCGCGGAAGUUUCAGAAACAAAUGUCGGACGUCGUAAAUAAGGAAAAGUCAAAACAACAACAACAGGUGCGUCCCCAUUAUCAAAAGAAUAGUAUAUGUUGAUCAAAAGAAAUUUCGUCGGUGGUAAAUUGAUCGACGGCAAUUUGAUCGAACGGAAAGUUGGCCGAAUCUUCUUUUUUACAGUUUUUAUGUUAAAUGUUAAUUUUUUUUGCUUCAAAUUUCUCUUUGAACGCAUUAUAUUAUAUAGUAAAACAAAAUAAUGCGCUCAAAAAUAAAUUUGAAGCAAAAAUUAAACGUAAAAACUGUAAAAAAAACAACAACCAAAGAUUCGAUCAAAUUUCCGUUCGAUCAAAUUAUCGUCGAUCAAUUUACCGUCGACAAAAUUUCUUUCGCAUAAAAUAUCUGUAUCCGGAAUAGGACAGCUCCAAGGUGCUUAAAUUAAUACAACUUAAAUUCAUUUUUUAAUUGAAAAAAAAAAUAAUUUAAAUUGAAUUUGAAAAAAAAAGAUAUAUAUCACAUGAAGUCACACAUUUUCGGAAAGUAUAUUUUAAUGCAUCUUGCAUAAUAUUUUAAUAAAAAUGCUUUCGUGACUGUCCAAAAAGCAAUUUACAGCGCUAUCAAUUUUUUUUUUAUCUAUGCUGAGAUGUGUAGGACAGAAAGUCAAAGUCAUAGAUCAGUGGUUCUCAACCUUCAUAAUGCCGCGACCCUUUAUUGCAGUACCCCAUGUUGUGGCGAACCCCAACCACAAACUUAUUUUUGUUGCUACUUCAUAACUGUUGAGUAUAUGUAUUUUCCGAUGGUCUUAGGGGACCCCUGGAAAAGUGUCAUUUGACCCCCAAAAGGGUCGCAACCCACAGGUUGAGAGCCGAUGCCAUAGAUGUAUAGCUAGGCAGACAGAAAGGCGUACCCAUUCACAUGUAUAAUGAGUGGCGUGUGAAGGGGGUUGUGGGGAGGGAGCUUCGCCCCGGGCGGUAUUUUUCCUUUUUAUGGAAGGUUGGGAUUUACCACAAACUGCAGAGAUUAAUUCGUAGAAAUGGGUGCCAAAAAGCUUGGCCCAUCCCGGGUGGCACUACCCCCUAGCUACGUCACUUGUUUCUUAAUACAUUGACAUUGCUUGAUCUUCAUCAGAUCAACCGGAUGCUACUCGCAGACUCGAUCUGGCUGUUCCUGUGCGUGACCCCUGACCUCUGCUACCGUUACUCAGACCAGUUCCUCGGUCGCGAAGAAGAUGACAACGUUGCAAGGCUUAUCAUGAUGAAUGUUUUUGGUGUGCUUCGAAUGUACAACAGUGCCGUCAACUUCAUUCUCUACAUCAUCGCCGCCAAGAAAUUCAGGUCAGUACAUAGAGUUGUGUAUGUAAAUAUCAUCAGUUUGUUUGAGAAGACGGAGAAGAAGAGAUGGUGGGGGUCAUAGAUGGUUUGGGGGGGGGGGAGGCAGAUGGAGAGACAGAGAUAUUGGGAAGACAGCUUGUGAGGAUACAGAGUUGAUGAGGGACAGACAUGGUGGGGAGACAGGUAUGGCGGGAGUCAGAAAUGGCUGGCGAAACAGAGUUGCUGGGGAGUGGGGAGACAGGGAGAUAGAGUUGAUGGGGAGACAUAGAUAGCGGGAGUCAGAGAUGGCAGGAGUCGGAGAUGGCAGGAGUCGGAGAUGGCUGGGAGACACAGUUGACGGGGAGACAGAGACGGGGGUAUCAGUAUGUUUGGACGCUAAAACUUAACUAUUAGUACUACGAAAAGUUUUGACUACAAUAGACGGGUCUAGUGGGUCAGAGAAUCUUAGCGUUAAAUCUUCAUUUCAGAUACCUGUAAUAUUAUUUCCGGUUACUAUUAGUCACAACACGCCCCCCCCCCAAAAAGCAUAACAGUUUCAUUUCUGUGAUCUGGAAAAAAAGGGGGGGGGGGCAUUUUGCUGAAAUAUCGGUUGAAUCAGAUAUACUAUUGCUUUAUUGCACAUUAUUCUCAAUAUUUGAUUUAUGGGUGUAAUAUUUUACAACUUUGAAAUUUUAUCAGGGGAUGAAAGCUUUUAGUAGACUAGUUCAAAUCUUUGCUUCAUUUUAAGCGUAACCCUAUGACUUGCUUCAAAUGACUUGCUGCCAAUCACUUGCUGCCAAUCACUUGCUUCAAAUGACUUGCUUCAAAUGAAUUGCUUUAAAUGACUUGCUUUAAAUGACGUGCUUUUAAUGACUUGCUUCAAAUGACUUUCUUUAAAUGACUUGCUUCAAAUGACUGACUUCAACAAAAAAAAAAACAAGUUGUGAAAAUAAAGUAAUUUACUGCUACUUAAUUAUUUAAUUGAAUGUUUGCCGUUGGUCAAUUGGUAUAAUUAUGUUUUCUAAUUCCUAGAACGGAACUAAUUAAAUUAGUUACCUGCAACAGAUUUGUCGGGAUUGACCAGAGAGCCAGCUCCAUAUCACAGAAACAUGGUCUGUCUGAAACCAAGGUCACCAGUACCAGCGUCAGUUACACGACCGGAACCUGAACAUUAUCGACAUGGCUGUCAGCUUUUAAAGAAAUAGGCUCCGAUGCUGAAAAGUCUUUGUGCAGUCUCAAAUAUAAACCUAAUAAAUUCUCUUCAUUUCACAGAAGAAUUUCAGCAACCUACUCUCUCAUACAACCCUUUUAUAACUGAUCUCUUGUGACUAUCAUUUCAUAGUAACAUUUCAAAUAAAUCUGUAUGGAAAGAAAUUUCCGACCCAAAUAAAAACCAAACUAAUAUUUAUUUAACAUAUGUCC